AUAGGGCAGGCAAGUUGAAUGUUGAUGCUGAUAGUCUUUCAAGGCGACCUCAGGAUCCAUCACCAGAAAGUCAUAUGAACCAAAAGGAACGAGAGAGGAUCCAGCAGUUCAUACAACAUCAACUGGCAAAUGCAGAAGAUUCUGUCUAUGUCACAAGUGAAGUCAUCCAAGCUAUCUGUGAGAAGCACUUUGUUAGGUUUUCAGCUGACGCUGAGCCAGGCAUUGCUCUUUUAAACUCCCUGUCACUGUGUUCAUGUUCCAUACCAGACUGUUAUGAACAAGAAAGUAGCUCAGAUGGGUCAGUCGAUCUAUUGCACCUUUCAAAAGAUCUUGGUGACAAACAAAGGGCCGAUCCAGUUCUUCGAGAGGUGAUAUCACACUUGGAGUCAGGAGAAAAACCAUCACCUGCAGUAAGGAAGGAACUUCUUUGUCUUCCGUACUACUUGAAGGAGUGGAACCGCCUUGAGUUAAAGGACGGAGUUCUCUACAGGAAACGGAGAGAUAAGGAUUCCAUUACUUACCAGCUAAUACUUCCAGAAGCACUAAGAUCCUCUGUGUUGAGUAGUUUGCAUGAUAGUAUGGGUCACAUGGGGAUUGAAAGGACGUUGGAUCUGGUUAGAACACGAUUCUUUUGGCCAAAAAUGGCUGCCGAUGUAGAACAGAAAAUCAAGACAUGUGGUCGUUGUGUGCGAAGGAAGUCUCACCCUCAAAAGGCAGCGGCCUUGGUCAACAUCCAGGCCACCCGACCACUACAACUAGUCUGUAUGGACUAUCUUUCGAUAGAACCUGACCGCAGCAACACAAAGGACAUCUUGGUGAUCACAGAUUUUUUCACUAAGUAUGCUGUGGCUAUCCCUACACCAAAUCAAAAGGCAAGAACCGUAGCAAAGUGUCUCUGGGAAAACUUUAUUGUGCACUAUGGGUUCCCAGAACGCUUACAUAGUGACCAGGGCCCAGACUUUGAGUCACGCACAAUCAAAGAGCUUUGUGACAUAUCUGGCAUCAAGAAAAUUCGAACAACACCUUACCAUCCAAGGGGAAAUCCUGUCGAACGCUUCAACAGAACCCUGCUGGACAUGCUUGGCACAUUAGAAGAGAAAGAUAAAGUUCAUUGGAAGGAUUUUGUUAAGCCGUUGGUUCACGCAUAUAAUUGCACGAAGCAUGAAGUGACAGGAUUCACCCCUUAUGAGUUGAUGUUCGGGCGCCAACCUAGGUUGCCUGUAGACCUUGCUUUUGGUUUACCAUAUCAUGAUCACCCAAAAACAUCCCAUUCUGAAUAUGUAAAACAUCUAAAGUCACAUCUGGAAGAGAGCUAUUUGCUUGCAUCUAAUAAAGCAUUAAAGAAUGCUGAGAGGAAUAAAAUCAGAUUUGACAAACUUGUGACAAACUCAUCCUUGGAAGUCAAUGACCGUGUGUUGGUGAGGAACGUUCGGUUACGAGGUAAACACAAGUUAGCAGACAAGUGGGAGUCCGAGGUGUAUGUAGUAGUGAAACGAGCAGGUGACUUGCCCGUGUAUACUGUUCGUCCUGAAACAAAGGAUAGCCCUCUCCGUACACUUCAUAGGGACCUUCUGCUUCCUUGUGGAUUUUUACCAGUUUCAGAAAUUUCAAGCCACCCAUUAACCAAACCUCCCUCUAAACCUAGGACACGGAGAAACCCUGGCAAAGAACCAUCUGAUGAUGACAACAUCUCUGAUCCAGAGGAUGAAUAUCCUAAUGGUCAUCAUGAUACUCUCCCAGAAAUGGAAACUGUACGGUUUUCUACAGUCCAUAACAUACACAAAUCAAAGGGAACUUCAAAUGUUUCUUUGACUACAGAUUCAGUUAAUCUAAAGCCUUCAGAAGGUAACAAUACACCAUACUUACCUGUUGAUACUCCAAAAGAUUACUCACAUGUUGACACUCCAGCUGACAAUUCCUUUGCCAAUGUUCCCGAUACAUACUCACCUGAUAAUGCUCCAGAGGAAUACUUACCUGCUGAUAUUUCAGUUGACGAUUCACCUGUUAAUGAUCCACAUGACACUGUGAAAGGUCACACACCUGAAGAGGAAACAGAAACUUACAUACCUGUUGAAGGUGGAGAUAAAGAGGAAGUGGAGGAAAGUACUGUAAUAUCAGAUGUUUCUGUGGAGGAGAAGGAACAGCCCAAAGCUGAGAGAGGACAUAAUCCAAAUGUACCACUCAGACGCUCAAGUAGACAAAGAGAGGAACCUAACAGACUUAACUAUCUUCAACUCGGGAAUCCCCUUUCUUAUGUUGUCCAGUCUCUCUUUCAGGGGUUAAGCUCUGCCAUUGUUAGCUCCCUAAAUGGUGUUGAAAGUCCCGGUGCCCUUUCCAACUUACCUGAUGCCUCAUUGAAUGUAGUGACUAAUCAGCCACUCAGAGCAUGCAAAGGGACUUGCAUGAUUUCAGGGGGGGAAAGUGUAACCCUGGUGAAAUAGUUGAAUAAUUAUUUAUAAUAUUAUUCAGAGCAGUAUAAUCAUAUUAUUAUUAUAUCUACAAGUCUUUAUUAAUAUAAUAAGCAAAAUAAAAUUCAUGUAUACAAAUGUAGUUUAAGGUAAAGUAACAGCCAAUUGUAGGAGCGGGUUGUUAGCUCCGCCCCUUCCAGCUUGCCGGCAGAGAGAGACACGGAGCAGAGACGAGACCGGUUAUCUGAGCAAUAGAGAGGAGUAAACUUGAACAAAAAGGAUAGAAUACGUGCACUGACGCCAUUUUGAAAUCGCGUGUGUGUGAAAAGGCCAUAGAGAGAUAAAGGCAUUGUGAAUUUGACAGGCCAGGUUUUUUUCUGAGGAGAUUUUCCCGGUUUCCCUGGAUUCUUUGUAUUGAGGGCGAGCCUCCCACGUCGACCUGGAAAGUCGUGAAGUACCCAAAUUUUCAGUUUAUCCUCCUUUCACCGGAUAAAGUAAGAAUAUACCAAAAAGUUAUUUCCUUUAAUGGACUGGGAUUCCGAACACAGCUGUAAGGACUGAUUUUCUUGACAGAAAAAAACAGAACUUGAACUUAAUUGAACUGAGUUCACUGAUUUCAGUGUGAACAACCAUACUGAUUUAUUUGUGUUAUUUUUAUGGUUUCUUUUGGUUUUACUUGAACUUAUUUAUUGUGAUUUUGUUUUUUGAUUUAUGACAAUUGUAAAGUGGGUGCACCCUGGGGACCAUGUGUAAAUAGUUUUGUAUUUCUAAGGUAAUUAUUGUUUUCUGAGAAAAAUAUAAGGAAAGAGAAAAAACAUACAAUCCAAAGUAAAAGUAUUUUUAUAUUUAAAACAUACCUUUUGUGUCUGGUUAUUGCUCAGUUACAC